AUGAAGCUGUUCGUUCUACUAUUUCUUCCUUUUUUGGCAGCUGAACAUUACAGUUACGAUGGAGCCGUUGGCCAGAUAUAUUCGCCCAAUUAUCCGGACAACUAUGAUAAUAGUGCCAACAUUGCGUACACUAUUACAGUACCAACCGGAAAUUACAUCCAUCUCACAUUCUUCGAUUUUCUGACUGAGGAUUCGUAUGAUACGCUGACUAUUGAGAAUUACACUACUCUCUCUGGUGAUCAGACUGGAUUUGCUAUCGACAUUCAAGGUUCUCAAGUGACUCUCACAUUCAAAAGUGACCUGACAACAACUUUCCGUGGCUUUGCAAUCCAAUACGACAUGGUUCCAUUUGGUUCUGUUUUUAUGCCAACAGACACAUGUUCCAUUUUCAUUCAAAAUGGGGCAUACGGUAUUGUGACCUCACCGAAUUAUCCAGAAAACUACCCGGAUAACAAGUCGUGUGGAACAUUGAUACACGUGGCUGAGGGGCAUGUAAUUUCUCUCGAAUUCUUGGCAUUCAACACCGAAGAUAGUUACGAUACAUUGAGUGUUUUCGACGGAAACAGUACCUCUUUUCCACAUUUGGGAACUUACUCUGGCAAAACAGUCCCACCAACCAUCACUUCGUCGAGUAACAGUUUGUAUCUGUACUUCUCCUCCGAUCUGGUUAACAACUAUCCUGGAUACUCGGCUCUUUUUGUCUCUGGUGUGUCAAGUGACUACAAGAGAGGAGUUUUGCCACAGACUCUCUCCACCGAUUCCAUCCUACGUCGUGACAAUCAGAAACUCUUGGAUUGGCUCAAGAAGAAAGCUGAAUCCAAAAAGCUCGUUAUCCCGAAAGUUGGAUCUAACUAG